AUGCCGACCGAGAACUACGACAUCGUUAUUGUAGGUGCCGGUCCUGUAGGUCUCCUACUGUCGACCUGCCUUGCAAGAUGGGGCUACAAGAUCAAGCACAUCGACAUGCGACCCGAGCCGACACUCACUGGUAGAGCUGACGGCAUCCAACCACGAUCACUCGACCUCCUCCGUAACAUGGGCCUCAAGCGCGCAAUCAUGGCUCACGAGCCUGCAAAGGUCUACGAGGUUGCUUUCUGGGAUCCUGCAGAGCAGAGCAAGGGUAUUCACCGUACUGGCACAUGGCCCUCAUGUCCUAGUUUCCUCGACGCUCGCUACCCCUUCACCACCCUGCUCCACCAAGGCCUGAUCGAGCGCGUCUUUAUCGCCGACAUGGAGAAGUACAACGUCAAGGUCCAGAGACCGUGGAGGAUCACAGGAUUCGAGAACGAUGGCAAAGACAAGGAAUACCCGGUCGAAGUCAAGAUCGCACACGUCGAUGGCAAGGAGCAAGAGACAGUCCGAGCGAAAUACCUCUUCAGUGGUGAGGGUGCCCGCAGUUUCAUUCGCGAACAGCUCAAGGUCGGCAUCACACACAAGGAUCCCAUUACGCACGUCUGGGGUGUCAUGGAUGGUGUCGUGCGCACAAACUUCCCUGACAUUAAGAUGAAGUGCACAAUCCACUCCGAUGCUGGAUCCAUCAUGGUCAUUCCUCGCGAGGACAACAUGGUCCGUCUCUACAUUCAGAUUGCUUCAUCAACAGACAAAGACUGGAACCCUCGCAAGCAAGCGACAGAGCAAGAAGUUCAAGAGGCAGCUAAGAAGAUCUUGAAGCCUUAUGAAAUUGAGUGGGACCGUGUUGAGUGGUUCUCGGUCUACCCUAUCGGUCAAGGUAUCGCAGACCGCUACACUCUCGACGAACGUGUCUUCAUGGGCGGCGACUGCUGCCACACCCACUCUCCCAAGGCCGGUCAGGGCAUGAAUACUGCAUUCUUGGAUGCCCAAAACCUGGCAUGGAAAAUUCACCAUGUCGAGAGCGGCUUCGCGGACCGUUCUAUCCUCAAGUCUUACGAGUCCGAGCGCAAGUUGAUCGCAGAGAAUCUUCUCAACUUCGACAACGCAUAUGCCAAGCUAUUCUCACAACGUCAGCCUAGUGCUGGUGAGGUCAGCUCAGCAACGCAACAGAAUGGCGAGAAGCAGGUCGAGGAGAACGAGUUCAUCAAGAUGUUCAAGUCUUCUUGCGAGUUCACCUCGGGCUACGGUGUUGCUUACAACCCCAACAUUUUCAACUGGUCAAAGAAUCACCCGGCCAAGUCACCACUCUUCCUCUCCAACGAGGACAAGACCACCACGCAACGCACCGGGCGUAUCUUGACAAAUGCUACCGUCACAAGAGUAGCGGACGCCAACGUCGUUCAUCUCGAGCAGGAGAUCCCUCUCAACGGCAGCUGGCGCAUCUACCUCUUUGGCGGUGAACCAAGCAGGACUAAGCGUGCCAUCUCAGACUUUGCCGCCGGUCUGUCGAAGAAGGGCUCAUUCUACAGCACCUUUGGUCACCUCAACAUCGGCCAGGUUUCCUACCACGAAAAGCACAACCCUCACAGUCUCUUCUUCACCAUCAACACCAUCUUCAAUGCUAAGCGCCCCGAGAUUGAGAUUAGAUCAUUGCUUCCCGAGGUUCUCGCUCGCUACUUCGACCACGUCUAUGCCGAUGACAUCUGGGACCAGAAGGUUCCUGACGCCAAGGCUGCUGCUCACGCGAAGAUGGGUUUGUCACAAGAAGANGGUGGUGUUGUGGUUGUCCGUCCUGAUGGAUAUGUUGGUUGUGUCGUCAAGCUUGUCGAGGGUACUGGCACUGUUGAUGCUCUCAACAGCUACUUCUCAACCUUUACUUCCAAGAAGGUCGGUGGUGCUGACAGAGCAAGUUUGUGA